GUUGACAAGUCUUCCAUCCAAAAUGGUGGUGAUCUGGUUGCUGAUGUUCUAAAGGCUCAUAAUGUGAAGUUCCUUUUCACGUUGAGCGGUGGCCACAUCUCGCCCAUCCUGGUGGCAGCGGAAAGGGAAGGCAUUCGUGUUGUGGACACACGUCAUGAGGUGUCGGCGGUCUUUGCAGCUGAUGCGGUGGCUCGCCUCUCUGGCAGCAUCGGCGUGGCCGUGGUCACGGCGGGACCCGGCCUGACCAACACAGUAACGGCAAUCAAGAACGCCCAGAUGGCAGAGUCUCCCGUGCUGCUUCUCGGAGGUGCUGCCGCUACAGCUGUCAAGGGGCGAGGUGCCCUGCAGGACAUUGAUCAGCUGUCGCUGUUCCAAUCGCUGUGCAAGUUCACCGCCACGGUCAAGACGGUCAGGGACAUUGUGCCCACGCUGCGCACUGCGCUGCAAAAGGCUCAGUGCGACACCCCAGGGCCUGUUUUUGUGGAAUUGCCCAUUGACGUGCUGUACCCCUAUGCCAUCGUCCAGUCCGAAGUUGGCUUCAAGGGAUCUCCCAAGGGCUUUGGCCAGAAGCUCGUCAAAUGGUACCUGGACUAUUACAUGCACAACCUGUUUGCGGGGGCCUUCCGGAAACGCGACGUUUCACCGCUGCCCGUGACCAUACCUACAGCGAAAUCUUCGCAAGUGCAAAAAUGUGCGGAGAUGUUGUCCCAGGCCAAGCGUCCCGUCAUCAUCUUGGGCAGUCAGUCAACGCUCCCGCCCCAUCCUGUGGACAGCCUCAGGGCUGAUUUGGAGGCCCUGGGUAUUCCCUGCUUUCUCGGAGGCAUGGCCAGAGGACUGCUCGGCCGUAAAAGCCCCAUCCAGAUGAGGCACUGCCGCAAGGAUGCCCUGGCACAGGCGGACGUCGUCCUGCUUGCAGGUUCUGUGUGUGACUUCCGUCUCUCCUAUGGCCGUGUUCUCAGCAAGAAGUCCAAGAUUAUUGCCGUGAACAGAAACAAAGAUCAGCUGUACAAGAAUUCCGAUGCCUUCUGGAAGCCCGCAGUUGCGGUGCAGGCCGAUGUGGGAACAUUUCUGGCGGCUCUCAGAAAGUCCCUUCCUGGCUACCAGUGUGACCAGGCUUGGCUCGAGACUUUGCGGAACCUGGACAAUGUGAAAGACUCCAAGAACAGGGAGGCAGCUGGCGCUCCUGCCGACAAGCACCUGAAUCCCGUGAAGGUGCUGAGUGAGCUCGAAGAGGUCCUGCCAGAGAACGCCAUCCUGGUGGCAGACGGCGGCGACUUCGUAGGGACUGCGUCCUAUAUUCUCAGACCUGGGGGUCCACUCCAGUGGCUGGACCCGGGCGCGUUUGGGACCCUAGGCGUCGGCGGCGGCUUUGCCCUGGGCGCUAAGUUGUGCCGGCCCGAAGCGCCCGUCUUCAUCAUCUACGGAGACGGUUCCCUCGGAUACUCCAUGCUUGAGUUUGACACCUUCGUGCGGCAUAAGACUCCCGUGAUAGCCGUGGUGGGCAACGACGCCUGUUGGAUGCAGAUCUCGCGGGAACAAGUCAAGAUGUUCAAGAGUAACGUGGCCUGCGCCCUCGCCUACCUCAACUACCACCAAGCCGUCGAGGGUUUGGGUGCGCGCGGGGUCCUCCUCUCGGAUGCCGACGACAACAGGAUGCAGGACGUCUACAGGGAGGCGCUCAAGCUGUACGCCGAUGGACACAGCGUCCUCGUCAACUGCCUGAUCGGGAAGACGUCCUUCAGGGAAGGUAGCAUCUCGGUGUGACCGCACGUGUCGUUCGUGGUGUCCGAAGUACAACGCCCAGAGCGUCUUCGACUGGCGUGCUCACCACAUCCUCGAAGAUGAUCCCUCGAUUUUCGCCGACGAUGUCCCGGAAGUGUUGCGCCAUCGCCUGGCACAACCCUGAGGGUGGCGAAGCAGCGAAGGUGGUUGUGGCAUGUGCCUGUUCUACUGCAGGUCGCUCUCCAGCCUGACAGUCCACGGAAGCUUCUACAGCUAGGGGUUGGGACUCCUGCUUUUUUCCGGAGACUUCUACGACUGACUGCCCGGCGAGAUUGCGACGUCGGACAGAGCGACACUCCGGCUUUUGCGUCAUCAUCUGUUGUCACUUUGGAACCACUUUCGAUGCGUGGGCGGUAAAGGACGCUAAUUGCACCAGUCAGACACAUUCUGGGUAUCGUAUGAGGAGUGAUGUGGUGGGUGGGUCCUUAACUGAGCGAAAAUGUGCCAUGCAGUUUUGUGGAGGAAGGCAACCUGCUUCGACAAACGUAAGAAAAGCACGAUUUAUUGACCAAGGGUUAUGACUAGGGUUCUGUGUUUUCGGUAUAUACCGAUAAACCUUGAAAAGUAUUUCCCAAGUGGGCUCUAUCAAAAUCGAGGGAACCCGAAAACUCCCGAAUGGGAGCUGUCCUUGAAUGAGACUUCGUGGGAAAGCAUUUUUUUUGUGUGUUUUGAGUGUUGAUUUGGAACACAGCUCACAGUGACCUGUCUGCAAGGCUGAUGCUUUCUUUGGGAAGCAUCCCAUAAAUACACCUCCAAAUUCAAAGCAAAAUAAACCAUGAAAAUGUAGAAUCUUAGUGAUGAUCCUUAGGAAAUACCAAUAUAUUUGAAGCAAAUCACUAAUGUUAGAGACACCUUUUCUUGUGAAUCUUUGUGGAGUUUCUUCUAGGGUUCACUUUGCAGAUUGACAUGCACAUUGUAUAAUACAUUCUGAACAAAUGUGACUUGUUAUUUACAGUUAAAACUUGCUACAGGCACUUUAUUUCACUGACGUUUGCGAACUUUGUGGGAGUCGUCGUAAUUGACUCUCGCUGCUUGUUGGAUUUGAUGCAAGUGCCACAAAUUUCAAGACCUGUCAGUCGGCCCAGGUGCUGGAUACUUCCUGUACGAGAUUUUAUUUCUUCAGUGGUACGAAUAGCCUGAUUCACUGGACAUGCAUUAAAUGCUCAAUCGAAAGUUCAUUGCGGAACAAUAUUAUAAAUGUUACGUCCGUGAAUAAAGUCUAGGCACCACAACUAUACUAGGUGCUCCGUGUUGUAACGCAUAAAAACGGCGGAACCACAAUUUUUACUAUAGUACUUUGUUUCAGCUCGCAGUGAACUGGAGCGGACGCUAUGAGCCAUCCCAGCCUAUUCAGCGCUGUGAACGUACCAUGCGACCACAUGCGCCAUGCUUAGCUGUGCUCCACCGUUUUGGCCCUGAUGGCUCGUAGCAUCCGCCGCAGUCCAUCCUAAGGUGACAGAGCAUGCGGAGUGCAAGUUCGUCUGCUUCUUCUGCAAGGGUUGUGGUGAUGUAAGAACACCGAGCUCUGGUUGGCUCUGAUUGAAGGAUAGUGGGUAGAUACCUCGAGGCAGCUUGCUUUGAGGUCUACCCACUAUCCUUCAAUCGGAGCCAAUCAGAGAUCGGUGUUCUGACGUCACAACCCCUGCAAAAGAAGCAAACUUUUGCUUUGCAUAGAUAAAUAGGAAAGGCUGUAUGCAAAUGUUGCGAUAGAUGGCUGCAGCAGGACUGCAGUCGACAUGUAUUUUCAUACCCUAGAGCUUGUUUAAUGCACUUUAUAUUUCUAAGGAACGAUGGUAUUGUCGAUUUACGAAAUCGAGGUAGUUGAAGUUUGUGCAGUCAGCCCCGAAUGUAAGUUGGCAGCUGUUGCUCUCACAUGCAAAGAAAAAAAAAAAAAAAUAUGAAGUGUGAAUACUGCUGUUAUGUUGGGCGACUAUGGGUUCUGGAAAAUAAAUAUAUUUUUCAAAC